GGAGGGUGUCACGGAUCGACUGGCGUUUGCACCCACGUGGAAUCAAGGAGUCACCUGGACGCCGAUAGUGUCGAGAUGGGCUCUGUCAUUCCAAGGAAAACGGAGUUGAGCAUACGGCCAAACAGUUCAUUUUUCACAUAACGCUCCUCCUAGUACCGUAUGUGUAAAAUAAGUAAGCAAGUAUACACUGCAGUUAAAGUGGUUCCUGGGGGAAGGGAGGUUGGAGAAACCUUAGGGAAACCCUAAUACCAGCGUUUGCGUUUUGCUGCUCUUCCAGGUCUGCAAAUGAAGAGCCCAGAAAAGAAGCGAAGGAAGUCGAAUACUCAGGGCCCUGCAUACUCCCAUUUGACAGAGUUCGCACCACCCCCAACUCCCAUGGUGGAUCACCUGGUGGCGUCCAACCCUUUUGAGGAUGACUUCGGAGCCCCUAAGGUGGGGGGAGCGGCCCCUCCAUUCCUUGGCAGCCCUGUGCCCUUUGGAGGCUUCCGAGUACAAGGGGGCAUGGCAGGCCAGGUGCCCCCAGGCUAUGGCACUGGGGGUGGAGGGGGACCCCAGCCUCUUCGCCGACAGCCUCCCCCAUUCCCUCCCAACCCGAUGGGCCCCGCUUUCAACAUGCCCCCCCAGGGCCCUGGCUACCCACCCCCCAGCAACAUGAACUUCCCCAGCCAGCCCUUCAGCCAGACUCUGGGUCAGAACUUCAGUCCUCCCGGUGGGCAGAUGAUCCCAGGUCCAGUGGGAGGGUUUGGCCCCAUGAUCUCAGCCACCAUGGCACAGCCGCCGAGAGGGGACCUGGGUCCCCCUUCUCUGCCCCAGCGCUUUGCCCAGCCAGGGACUCCUUUCGGCCCCUCUCUUCAGAGACCUGGGCAAGGGCUUCCCAGCCUGCCCCCUAACACAGGUCCCUUCCCUGGCCCUGACCCUGGCUUCCCUGGCCCUGGUGGUGAGAAGCCCUCGGACCCCCCUGCUCCCACUGCUUUCCCCCAGGAACCCCACUCAGGCUCCCCAGCUGCUGCUGUUAACGGGAAUCAGCCCAGUUUUCCGUCAAACAGUAGUGGGCGGGGCGGUGGCACUCCAGACGCCAACAGCUUGGCACCCACUGGCAAGGCAAGUGGGAGCUCAGGGCCCCAGCCUCCCCCAGGCCUCGUGUACCCCUGUGGUGCCUGUCGGAGUGAGGUGAACGAUGACCAGGAUGCCAUACUGUGCGAGGCCUCUUGCCAGAAGUGGUUCCACCGAGAGUGCACAGGCAUGACCGAGAACGCCUAUGGGCUGCUGACCACUGAGGCCUCUGCCGUGUGGGCCUGCGACCUGUGCCUCAAGACCAAGGAGAUCCAGUCUGUCUACAUCCGCGAGGGCAUGGGGCAGCUGGUGGCUGCUAACGACGGGUGAUACCGUGGAGAUGGCCGGGGCAGUGCUCGCGUCCCUCCUGCUCUCCCAGGGUGUUUGUCUGGCUCUUCCGUCCUUGUUUCCACUGGCUUCCCAUCCAUGGAGCAGAAACCUGAUGGUUCCAGGGCAGAAGAGGAACUGAGGUGGGUGGGCAGAAGAGCCCAGAUCGCUCCCUUCUGAAAACUUGUGCAUUGAGAUCUGCAGAUUCAGGAAACCACAGCCCUGCUGAGCAGAGCCAUCUUUGGUGGCCAUCUCUGGAGACCUGGAUAUGGCUGCAGGAGAAAAGGAGGUGGAGGAUGUUCUGGAGGGCACUGGUGUCCUGUCUGCAGAUGACAGACGCCCGACACCUGUGCCUGUCAUCUGCAUCUGCCCCACAGCUCCAGCUUUGGGUUUUGGAUCCGAGGGUUCACUUUCUUGCAUAGGGGAGUUCGAUCUCUUCCCAUUUCUACCGUGGCCCUUUUGGGCUUGGAGACAGCUUUAGGGGAUCAUUGGGACUUCUCCCUUUUUCUGCCCUCCUAGACUUCUCCAUCUCCUCCCUCCGAGCACCAAAUAGCUGGAAGACGCAGGAGCUCCUGGCCACGGCAGUUUCUUGGUGACUUGGGGAGAGAUGCUGUCAGGACAUAUCUUCCUCAUACCAAAGUCACUGGUCCUUACUCAGCUUCCUGCUUUUUUUUUUCCUUCUAGUGACCCCCCCCUUUUUUAGCCAAACAUUGGGAUAUGUGGUGUGGCCCAGUGGAAUAUUUGAAAUUGUCCCGGAGGCCUUGACUCCGGUGGUGCAGUCCCCCCCCUUGCCCAUCUGUUGCACGUUAUACUCAGCUCUUCAGCUCUUGGCGCCCUCGUCCCCGCCUCCCCGGCUACGCUGAAGGGAAGCUUGGAAGGGCACAGAGCCCUCAUACCUCAUUUCUUCUGGAUAAGACUCCAAGUGAAACCCUGGUUGCAGCCUCAAGUGAGGAGGAAGUGGUGGGAUCCUCAGUGCCAUGGUGCUGAAGGGUAGAAAAGCCUCAAGAUCUUUUGCUCCUCUUUUCUUGCUGUUCUUCAACAUCAUCUCCAGCUUGGUGACCUAGUAUUUCUCAUUCCUCUCAGCCAAAGUCCUGUGCUGGGCUUGAUUUGUUUUUAUUUUUAAAGCACUGCCUGCCAGUGAUGGGCCUGGGGCCUGCUCAGAGCCACCUUUUUCCUUGCAGCUCCUGUGCACAUUCCUCAGAGGGGUGCAGAAGCAGGCCUGGGUGUGGCCCUUUGCCCUGGGGGGCCACCCUUUGUGGUCCUCCCCCACUUCUCAGUUCCUUUGGUGGAAAGGACCCGCCCCUUAUGCAGAGCCAGUGGUCUGUGGGGCUGUGAGGAGGGAGCAGUGGCUUCUGGGCUUCUCUCUUGGUCUCCCUCACACCAAAACAGCCUAGGUGGGGGGCUCAGCUUUGUGUUGUGUUUGUGCUUCUAUUUGCCCCGACUACAUUUGUUGCUACAUUUGUGUUGUGUCCCCCUCCACGGUUUGUAAAAUGCUCCUGGGGAGUGUCUGUCCCAUCUGCCCCCUCUUGCCCGCUCCACUUUUUGGAAGAAGUGGGUGGCAAGAGAUGUGGUGGGAUCUUUUGUACGGUUGGAUUAAUAAAAUGACU